AUGGCAGAACCAGCUGAUAUCAAAGAAGUUGUGUGGCCUAUUAUUUUCCGAGAGUACAUCACAGAUGGUUUAGACGCUUUACCUGCAAACAUCAUCAAUGGCAACAUAGGACAAUUCCACUUCAUUCUGGGCUUUGCCACAGAAACGUAUCUUGAAGAUGGAACAGGCACAGGAGCAUUCACCCGGACAUGGAACUAUGAUGACUUUAGCCCAUCAAAACUGUUGACGCUCAAGCAAGAGCAUCCGAAUGUGGAAGUGAUAAUGAACAUAGGAGGCCAUGGCGAUGAAUAUGUAUUCAACCCUCGUGAUAAAGAAGAGUGGAUUGUGAAUGCCAAAUCAUCAAUCAAAGGUCUCAUCCUAGACUACCAGAUUCAAAGCAUACCAGUCAGCAUUAGCGCUAUUGACGGUAUUGAUAUUAACUAUGAAAACAUCAAAUCCAAUGUGGAUGACUUUGCCUACUGCAUAGGUAAGGUCAUACAACAGCUCAAGGAGGAUUCCCAAGUUGUCAACUCCAUGGAUGUGUCCAUUUCUCCAACAGAGCUUCUCCGACCCCAUUACCUGAAACUGUAUCGCGAGAACAAAGACAAUAUCAAUUGGAUUAACUACAAGUUCUAUAAUCAGAGUAUUGAGUCAGAUGUAGACUUUGUUAAGCUCUUUAAAAUACUAGUUUUUGAAUAUGGUGCGCCGUAUAAACUAUUGCCAGGAGUCAGCACCAAUACAAGUAGUCCUCCUUUAAUGCCAAUUGAUGUUUUUGUUGCUGGAUGCAAAAUCCUCCUUAAAACUAAAUCACUUGCGGGAGUUUUCGUUUGGGAUGCUAAUGAAUCAGCCCCCGAAUAUUCACUCGAGGAUGUCCUUCAAAAACUCCUUACUAAAGAGUGA